CCUCUGUCACAUGGCCCUGGCUCUGACAGCUUGGAGGUGGAGGGGGGAGAGCCAAUGUGGUCCCACCAGCCGCCAGACGUCAGGACUGAGGAACCGAGAGGGAGAGCUGGGGAUCUUGGAGCCCCCCUCCAGGGCCCUGAGCUGGCCAGGCACCCAGGUCCCCUUGCCCUCUUGCCCCGCUCUGGAGGGUGGCCAGCUCUCAGCUCGGCCCUUCUGCUCCCCCCACCCCCAGCCCAGGAGGCAGAUACAUCAUGUUCUCCAGGAAGAAGCGGGAGCUGAUGAAAACCCCAUCCAUUUCCAAAAAGAGCCGUGCGGGAAGCCCCAGCCCCCAGGCCCCCUCGGAGCUGCCCAGGAAGGAUGCUUCAGAGCUGUCAUCUCACGCUGUGGGAUUGGAGACAUCUCCUAGCGGGACCAAGUUGGGCCCAGGUGCUGUGGGCACUCUCAAGCGUCCAACCAGCCUGAGCCGCCAUGCCAGCGCUGCUGGCUUCCCCCUCUCGGCCCCAGCCACCUGGACGCUGGGCCGUGGUCAUAAGAGCCCCAUGACCAACAGCCCCGUGGAAGGCAGUGAUGGGCCUUUUGUGGAGGUCGAGGACAUCUCCCAGCUGCUGGCCCACGUGGCCCGAUUUGCCGAGGCCCUGGAGAAGCUCAAAGACACAAUCCUGAGAGAUGAGCAACUGGAUGCUCGGCGACCACUGGCCCAUGAGUGCCUUGGUGAAGUCCUGAGGGUCCUCCGACAGGUCAUUAGCAAGUACCCCCUGCUCAACACUCUAGAGACCCUCACAGCUGCUGGGACCCUCAUCUCUAAGGUCAAAGGGUUCCAUUAUGAGUCAAACAAUGAGUCUGAUAAGCGGGAGUUGGAGAAGGCUCUGGAGACAAUCGCUGUAUCCUUCAGCAGCACUGUGUCUGAGUUCCUCAUGGGUGAGAUGGACAUCAGUACCCUCCUUUCUAUGCCUCCCAGUGACCAGAACCAGUCCAUGGAAAACCUUUAUGGGGGCCUCUCAGGGCAGUGUACGGAUAGCAUGUCCCCUGGCACAGAGCCUUAUGGCUCCCUGUUGGCGGACGACGUGGACGUGGUGCUGCAGCGCUGUGAGGGGGGUGUGGAUGUGGCCUUGCAGUAUGCCAAGAACAUUGCCAAGUAUAUGAAAGAUCUCAUCAAUUACCUGGAGAAGCGGACAACACUCGAGAUGGAGUUUGCCAAAGGUCUGCAGAAGAUCGCCAACAGCUGCAAACAGACGAUGACCCAGGAGCCCCACAUGCCUUUCCAGUCCAUCUAUUCCCUGGCCCUAGAACAGGACAUGGAGUUUAGCCAUGGGAUGCUGCAGGUGGUGGCUACCCUGCAGAACCAGACCUUAAUGCAGCCCUUGACUCUGCGGCGUCUAGAGCACGAGAAGAAGAGGAAGGAGAUUAAGGACCAGUGGCACCGGGCACAGAGGAAGCUGCAAGAAGCAGAGAGCAACCUUCGAAAGGCAAAGCAGAGCUACAUGCAGCGAUGUGAAGACUACGAGAAGGCCCAGUACCUGACCGUAAAGGCCGAGGAGGAGCAGGCCGGGGCCGGUGGGGCCAGUGCAGGUGCUGGGGCCAGCAGUGCUGCCACAAAGGCCCUGGACAAAAAGAGGCGGCUGGAGGAAGAGGCCAAGAACAAGGCAGAAGAGGCCAUGGCCACGUACCGCACCUGCAUCGCCGAUGCCAAGACGCAGAAGCAGGAGCUGGAGGACAUGAAGGUGAACGCUUUGCGCCAGGUCCAGGAGGUCAUAAAGCAGAGCGACCAGAUUAUCAAGUCGGCCACCAUCUCCUAUUACCAGACCAUGCACAUGCAGACAGCCCCGUUACCUGUCUACUUCCAGACCAUGUGUGAGAGCAGCAAGCUGUACGACCCGGGGCAACAGUAUGCCUCCCACGUGCGGCAGCUUCAGCGGGACGUCGAGCCAGACACUCAGUAUGACUUUGAGCCCUACGUGUCCCACAACACCUGGUCACCCUUAGUGCGGGCGAGGAAGUCCAGCUUCAAUGCCAAUGAUGUGAGCGGUGGAACAGAGGGCAGCGGAGGGGGCUCUGAGGGAGGGGCAGUGUCUAAGGAUCGGCGAGGUGGACGGGGCCACCAGGUCCAUAAGUCAUGGCCCAUCUCCACAGCAGACUCUGAUAGCAGCUUGGACCCCAGCACCACUGGUCCAGCAGGGGACUUCCAGAAGAUCGAGCGGACCUCAUCUAGUGGCACCAUGUCAUCCAAUGAGGAAUUAGCUGAAAAGGAAGGCAACUCAAGCGCAUUUGAACAGACAGACCUCAAUGGCAUUGCCCCUGAGAUCGCAGUACCCACCGGCCCCUUCCGAAACGUGGGGCUCUCCAAGGCAGCCCAGACUCACCGGCUUCGGAAGCUGCGUACUCCUUCCAAGUGUCGUGAAUGCAACAGCUACGUCUACUUCCAGGGCGCCGAGUGCGAGGAGUGCUGCCUGGCCUGUCACAAGAAGUGCCUGGAAACUCUGGCCAUCCAGUGUGGCCACAAGAAGCUGCAGGGAAAACUCCAGUUGUUUGGACAGGACUUUCAGAAGGCAGCCCAGGGCACCGCCGACGGCAUCCCCUUCAUCAUCAAGAAAUGCCUGUCUGAGAUCGAGAGGCGGGCGCUCAGGACCAAGGGGAUCUACCGGGUCAAUGGUGUGAAGACGCGUGUGGAGAAACUCUGCCAGGCAUUUGAGAAUGGCAAAGAGCUGGUGGAGCUGUCGCAGGCCUCCCCGCACGACAUCAGCAAUGUCCUGAAACUCUACCUGCGUCAGCUGCCAGAGCCCAUCCUUUCAUUCCGCCUAUAUCAUGAGCUCAUGGGGCUGGCCAAGAGCCUGCAGGCAGAGGCAGAAGCCAAGGCAACUCGGGGCCGGAGUGAACCCGACAGAGACAAGGAGCAGGAUGUGGAGGCCAUGACCAGCAGGCUGCGGGACCUAUUGAAGGAGCUGCCUGUGGAGAACAAGGCCACGCUGCAGUACCUCGUUCGGCACCUUCGGAGGGUUGUGGAAGUGGAGCAGGACAACAAGAUGACGCCGGGCAACCUGGGCAUCGUCUUUGGGCCUACCCUGCUGCGCCCACGGCCCACGGAGGCCACCGUGUCACUCUCCUCCCUGGUGGACUACCCACACCAGGCGCGCAUCGUGGAAAUCCUCAUCUCCUUCUACAGUGUCAUCUUCGAGGUCCCGGCUGAGGAGGUGCAGGAGGAGAGCCCCACCAGUGAGGAUGGACCCUCUUCCCAGCAUCCUAGGGGGGAGAUACCUUUCUUGGAAGUGAGUGAAGAUACGCCUGACCUGGAUUUCCAAACGGAUGCAUACGGAGAAUCCAUUAACCGUUCCAACGACUCGGACUCAGAACUGGAAGACAGCUCAGACUUGCAGGCAUCUGAUGGUGCCAGCUCCCUGUGCCGACUCAGCCUCUUGAUGAAACAAGAAAGUGAGACUAGCACCGAGGAAGGAUCCCAGAGCCACAGAGGAAGCGUGGAGCACCUGGACCCAGUGAGAGGGGAGCAGAGUGAUGGGGAUGAAGAUCAGGACCCAAGCAAAGAGGCCCUGGUCCUGCAGCUCUCCUCUUACAACUCCAACCAGUCCAACAAUAUCCUCCAGGCAGGGCCUAACACCCAGGAGGCGCGGUCAGGCCUCCCUGCGGUCCGGCUACGUGGGGGGAAGAUGACCGUGGGCGCCCGCGGAGAAAGGCGGCCGGAGUUUGUUUGAACUUUGCGGUGUCGGCAGACGCAGAAUUUGGGGAAAGUAAUGGACUUAAUUUGGGACAUAAAAUAUUGGAAUGAGGAAGACUGGCUGGGUGAGACCUGGGGUGAAUAACUCAUAACUGCAGCUGGUUCUGGGCGCAGAUAGGGUUGCUCCAGAUGCUCUGCAGAACUCCACAAGGCACCUUGGUCUGAAUGCAGCCAGACAGACAUGGCUGCCAUGGCUCAGGUCAUCCUGAACUGUCACUUUUUCUCUGGUCCCCACUAUGGCAAUUGCAGCGAAUUUUUUUCACUUUUUUUUCUGUAUGGAUCUGGCAGCGUCUCCAUCGUGGGAUUCCUGCUUCCUGCUAUCUGGUCUGCUCUUUCAGAGGGCCAGAACUCUAUUUUUAAAACAGGUGACUUUUGCUAGUGGGUUGCUUUUUUAAAAAAAUGUUUUUAUUUUUACUUUUUUGGAGUAGGGAGGCAAGGGAUCUCUCAGUGGUGUGAUGUAUCCCCUGAGCCGUACUGGAUUCAGUACCCCCAGAGGCCCAGAUGCCUUGCCUUUAGCGUAUUAGAAGAGGCACUGAGUAGGCGGGUUCCUUCUCUUUUAAUGUGGGUUGGUCUCUAACAACCUCUUACCAGGCCCCUGGUGGGCCUAGAGUGAUUAAAAAAUGAACCAGACUUUGGGGCUACAGCCCUUGUACAGCAUUAGGGUCCUGAUCUACCUAGGGAGCUUGGGUGGGAGAGCAAGAACUUUAAGCAUUGCAAGUUAUGUGGUGAUUUUGAAAUCCACAAGUGUAAUCCUUCACAUGUAGAAGUUAAAACAAAGAUCCAUUUCUCUUCUAAUUCAGACCUAGCCUUUAAUCUCCGCCCCAAAGAUCCUGAAGAGUGUCUAGGACCCUUCUAUCCCAGUAGGGUGGUUGUGGCUGGAGUUACUGCCCGGGGACCACUGGUUUCACAAAACUGGGAAAAUCCUUGUCCAGUUCUGGACUCUACUAGAACAUAGUAUGAAGUGUUAAGUGCACUUAGGAGGAUCCUGGGCCAGGAGCUACUUUUGAAAUGGCCCCCAAAAGAGGUCUUGCCUAAGAUACUCUAUAGCACUUCCAUGUGCCAGCAGUGUAAAAUGUCACAGGAAUGCCAGCCCAGUCGGAACUCCGGAAGCUGACUCUUAUCCCUCAGUUCAUAGACCAUCCUUACAAAGUUGCUGGGGCCGGGCUGGAAAUAAUAAUAUUUUAUGUAUGUAUGUAUGUAUACAGACAUAUAAACACUGCUUUAAGGCUUACAAAAAGCUUUCCUCCCAGCAGCCCUGAGGUAGAUAAUGCAAGGUUUGGUGCCUGAGGCUUUGGUCAUAAACUUAUUCGUGGUCGUAGUGUAGAGCCACUGUGUUAAGAGCUGAGGUUCAAGCCCAAGUGCCUGGAUUUAAGGUCUUUCCCCUGUGCCCUGCUGAGCACCACUGGGUCCGAUUUCACUCCUUAGCAGAAGGAAAUGGAGUUUUCUUCAUGCUCGCUGCAGAGGUGCUCAGAAUAGAGGCAGGAUUGGUCUGUGGACUGGAGGCACUAACUGGGGACGAGAGGCACUGUUUCAGCUCAGCAGCGGGGGCAGGGCAUGUUAUUUGCCAUGGAGAGAGAAGCAGUCUGGUGGUCCUCUGGAAGCACAACACUCAUGGUUUGUAUGUUUUAUGUCUUGCUGACGACUUUGAAAUGCACAUUUAAAAAUAUUAAUUCCUUUGCUUAAAAUAAAAUUUGGAGUUCAUUUCCUCUGCUGGGAGAAUAACUCA